CUCACGGCAAUGAGUGCGUCAUUCACACGCACACACACACUUAGACACGCACAUACACGCACACACGCAUAUAGAUUGGUUUCCUUUUCGGUCUUCGAUUCCAUCGAGUGCAUGUCACCUUCUCAUCACUCGGGUGACUCACUCAAGUAAGCCACAAAUGCGAUCUUGAGUGUGUCACCAUAGAUCACUUGGGGGUGCUGGCCAGAGAUUCGAGCCAGCGACCAUGACAGUCCAUGCAGUAAGGGGCUACCACUCCUUAAAAGACACCCGUCUUGGAGGGGCGGGCAUCAGGAGGGUGGAUACGGCCUCGUGCUCCCAAUCGUCACGCUCGCCCCUGACAGACAGGCAGAUGCACCAAAGCAGCAAGGAGAUACUCCCUGUCAUCGGCUACUGACUUGUACAGCAGUUGUGGCGUCGCAUCUGUCGUGUUGAGGGUCGCUACUUCUUCGAGCAUCCCUCUUCGAGGUGGCCUGUGGUGGUCUUGUCUGUCUUCGACCAACGUACCCAUCUCUGCACACAGACAGACAGACAGGCACCCAGAGAGAGGUGACAGCUCAUCCGACGACCUUCUGGCUGCUCCUGGCUGCCUGUGUGGCCGUCCGUUCUGUGAGCCUCUCUGCUGCUGACUUGUGUGCCCUCUGGUUGAUACCUAGUUGACUGACCUGGAGGACCUCCACCCGCUGAGGGGUGACGCCACAGGGGCUCACAGGUCACAGAGGCUACGGACGCUUGCUGCUGCUGCUAAAGUCUGCUGGCCGGCGGCUCGGUAUUCCUGACCCACUGAUGGCAGUUAAGAAGGUCGUCACUCGGGCCGUCCUUGCCAAUCCCCAGCCCAGAUCUUGUCCACACGUGAAUCUGCGUCGAUGAAGAGAAUCCCGUCGGCAUUUUUGAUCUGCCUCACGCCACCACUCAGGCUGCCUGCUGUGCCCUCUACGCCUUCUGCUGUGCAUCCAUCGCCGGAGUCCACAUCUACCGCCGGCGCAAUGUACAUCGGGGGAGCGCCGACGUCGUGGUGAAUGGAUGCAGUCGCGGGAGAUCUCCGUUGCCGCUUGUUCCACGAUGAAUGUGCUCUCAAGGCAGAUCAAGCCUCCAAGGCUUCAAAC